AUGUCCACCUCGCCGACCUCGGAAUCCGAGUCCGUCGAAUCCCUCCGCUCCGCCCUCUCCGAAGCCGACGAAACCGCCAAAUCCGCCCGGCUCCUCUUCUCGCCCGCGUCAGCCAAGACCAACGGGACUGGCGCAACAGGCUCGACAGAGCCGAUGGGAGCGGCAACACGCUCGCUUGCUGGAUCUGUCGUAGCACGCGAAGGAACGGACAGCGUCUUGCACGACGUCUUCUUCGCUUCCACUUCGGGCCAGGCGGCCCCCAUCAACGAUGUCGACACAUCCGUACACUCGCCAGCGCCGUCGGAGAUGUCUUGGGACAGACUUGGCAGCGGCGCAUCGAGCUCGCCUCGCCUCGGUCCGCCUUUCGUCCAGCUUCCGACGCCUGAACCGGAGGAAUUCCUCAACUCUCGCACGGCGUCGCAGGGUUCGUCCGCUGAGCAAGACCAACGUCACUCUACUGUCGAUGCAGUAGACGACGUCCGCAUCAAGGAAGAGUCGGACGACGAAGCGGACCAAGUCGCUCUCUCCGGCUACGAAGCUCCCGCACCUGCCGACGACCGCCUCACAGACAGUCAAGAAGACGUUUUGCUCGCCCAGAGUGUCACCAGGAGCCAGAGCGACUUCUCUCACUGGCUCGAAGAGACGCUUCGGUUGGCGAAGGGAGACGGGACUUCGACGAUUGAGAGCGACGAUGCGCUGUCGUCCAUCAUUGAAGCGACUCGACACGCUCACUUCGGCGUCCAGUCGAACGCGUCGCAGUCAACCGAGGCGGUCGUCCUGCCUGAGGAGGAUAUCACAAUCAGCACCGUACGAUCUGGAGCGGAGGAGGUCAAGUUGCAGACCGACGAGAAGGGCUCGCUUGUCGCGGAGGAAGAAGAAGUGAGCGAGAUCGAGGAGGAAGAGGAAGAGAACCUCAUUGCGCCGAAGUCAACCGGCCCUUCGACUCUCGGCUGGAAACUCCUCUCUCUCUCGCUCGCCGCCGCUCUCGCCUAUACCCAACGCCAGCUUCGCGCCGACCACCACCUUCCCGCACAAGUCGAUAUCGAGCCUACACGCGUGGUCCACUACGUCCCGUACAACGAUACAGCAAGCGUCAGUCACUUCGCAACGCCCAUCCCGAUCGGUUCGACCCUGUCCGUACCCAUCUACGCCCUCCUCCUUCCCGCUAUCUUCGCCGGCACAGCAGUCGCCCUCUCGCUAACGCGUCGCGGUCCGGCUUUGCCGCCCUCACACCUUCGCUGCUCGAGCGCAGCCGCACGCUUCGACCGAUCUCGCGAGACGUCGCCUCUCCUCGAACUCAACGGCGACGAUGCACUCGAAGGCCGGCGUCUUCUCGCGAUUGGCGUUCAGCAGUACGCUACGAGCCGCCUCAGCCAAGCGGUCGAGACUUUCUCGACCGUCCUCCAACUCGCCUGCGCAACUUCAGACAAGGCGCUCGCAGCCGAAUGGCUCGGCCGCUCGCUCUAUCGCCUCGCCCGAGCAGAUGGGAACCACCAGGAAAAGCUGCAGCAGGCUGCACAAGCUUUCGAGCGGUCGAUUCGCCUCGAUGUCGGUCGUGCCAGCCCGCGUGCGAGUCUCGGUCGCGUCAAGUAUCGCCUGCGCGACUACGAGGGCGCCGUGGCUGCGCUUCGAGCAGCUGUUAAGCGCGACGACGAGCUGGCGUUCGCGCACGAGUGGCUCGCCCAGGCGCUUGUCGAGUGCCGGCCUUCCCAACCUGAACUCGUCGAGCAGCACCUCCGUAAGGCCAUCAAGCUCGACCCUUCAUCGUACACCGCCCUCGCCUUCCUCGGCGAUUACCUCCACUCGUCAGGCAGCGGCAGAACGGCCGAAGCGAAGGAUCUGCUCACGCGCGCCGUCUCGCUGAGGAACGACUACCCCGCCGCACACGCGCGACUCGCCUUUAUCGCCAAUGAGCAACUCGAGCCGGCGAGGGCAGCCCAUCACUACGAGCUUGCCAUCUCCUCGCGAUACACCGGUCUGCGGGACCCGGACGUAAUGCGCGCUUGUGAGGAAGCUGUCGACGGGCCAGGCGCGUACUUAGCCUGGUGCUUUGUCACGCCGCCUCGAUCACCUGCACGACUUCAAGUCCUCCGCCGAGCAGUCGAAGAGCACCCCAACGACGAGUUCCUCGCCCUCCUUCUCGCCAUCCACCUUGCGCCCGCUCCACCCGCCGAACCGUCUCCAGCCCUCCUCGACCGCGAAGCCACUCUUGCCCGCCGCGCGUCACGCUACACCGUCACUGAAGAUCUCGUCGCGCAUGGCGUGUGGGCGCUCGCGCUCACGGCGGUCGGGAGAGACGAGGAGGCCGAGGCGGUCUACGGGACUUUCUGGCGCGAGGUCGUCCGCAGGCGGACAGUCGCCUUGCGUGAGAAGGGUGGGAAGACGAUAACAGCGGAGGGGGAGGAAGGGAGGACGCUCGCUUUCCUGGCGAUGGCGUUCUUCGAGCUCAAACGGAGGGAAGAGCCGGGAGGAGCGGUUGUCGCCAGCGGCGAGGCCAAACGGACGACUCGCCGCCGUUCGUGCAAGCGGGAGGAGACGCCGACGCCCGUCAAGGUUGCUGUGCAGCCGCGCAGGAGUCCAAGGAUCAAGGCGUGA